UAUGUAUUAAUUCUCCACAGCCCACCCGCUUCCGCUCGCAUUGUAAGCAGGGAGGGUGAGAGAAAGAAGACUGAAGAGCGAAAAUGGGAGUAGACGUUGAGACGAUAAAACCGGGCGAUGGACGAACAUUUCCGAAGAAGGGGCAGCACGUCGUUGUGCACUAUGUCGGAACCCUGACAGAUGGAACUGUGUUUGACUCUUCGAGGGAACGUGGAAAGCCAUUCAAAUUUAAAAUUGGACAUCAGGAGGUGAUUCGUGGCUGGGAGGACGGAGUCGCCAGGAUGAGUGUAGGCGAGCGGGCUAAGCUGACCUGCUCACCUGACUUUGCUUAUGGCAGCAAAGGGCACCCAGGGGUCAUCCCACCCAAUGCUACUCUCAUCUUCGAUGUGGAGCUGCUCAGUCUGGAAGCCUGAAACUUGUGCACUUGUUGAAUUCCACUCAAAUUUUCAGGGUUGACUCCUAUCUCGGGAACAUGGAGGAAAAUGUUAACAGAUGAUUCCUGCUGUUGAUUCCUGCAUAGGACCUAUGUCUAUAGCUUCACUACUUCACUCUCCUUUCCAUUUAGAUACAAAUUGUUAUGUCACUUGUUUUAAAACCUUCUCCUUCGCACUAUACUUUAGAUUCCAUAGAUACAAUUCAUAGGCCAUACCUUUCCAUGUAUUUGUUAUUGUUAUGGAUUUUUUUUUAUGGUGUUCUUUUUUUUUAUUAUUAUUUUUAUUUUGUUUUGACUGUACAAAGUGUAACUGCCAUCAGGCCCAGGGAAAUACUGAAUUGAUCUCACUCCUGUGGCUCUAUGUGGCCUUUCGCUAAAAUUUUAUUGAUUGCGGGUAAUGAACUGUCUUGGAUAAACAAGAAAAAGAAUAAUAAAAAAAGAAUAAAUUGUUGUUUGACACAAUGACAUUUCUAUGAAGUACCUUUGUGAUACAUUUUGUUAUUUGGCUUAAUUUAAAAAAAAAAAAUAUAUGUAUGGGAUUACAAAGAAGACUGCAUGAUCAAGCACAUCACUGCCAUACAGACAGGUUGCUGCAAGUGAAGGAUUUGCUAUGUCUAUAUAGCAGCGUUAAUCAUUAAUUUAUAAGAGUAAGAUGACUUUUUUUGUCUUUUAUCCAGUCUACAAACCAGAAUAAAGACAUAAUUUCUUGUCUUUUUGAUAGCUUGGAAAGACAUGGGGACUUGAAAAUGGUGGAAGUAUUUUUUUUUCCAAAUGAAAGUGUCUUGUGUAAAAACAGUUUAAAAAAAAAAAAAAAAAAAAAAAAAAAAGAUAGAUAUUGAUCCUUGGCAGAAAGUUUUUAAAUUUGCAUGGCAAGUUCCCUCACAAAGGUUUUCAGGCACAUCUUGGGGAUUGUGAUUGUCUUUAUUUCGAGGAGUUGUGUGUAACAAGCUGUGGAUGUUCUUAAAGCUCUGUUCCUUACUCUAAACACAUUAAAAGAAUUAAUUUUA